AUGGUCCCCCACACCACGGUCACCCGCCCCACCACGGCCACUACGGCGGCUACUACGAUCGAGUGUAAGGCGUUCGAACUGGAGUCUGGCCAGGAAACCAUCCCCGCCAGCGUUGUAAAGUAA